AUGCAAGGGACAACGCUCUACAUUAUGGUCGAAAACCCUCUCUUUUACAACGCCACUCCAUUGGCCAUCCGACUAAUGGUUAUGAUUGGCGUCUACGUAACGCUCCUCAACUCUCCGCUGGCGGCGGUUCAUUUCUGGUACCGCUACAACGCCAUGUGCAAACGGAGAGUUUGGACGUGGAAGGAGUACUGCAGAGUGUACGCUGUGUUUGUAUUUCUCUCUACUGCACAAGCAAUGUUCACAUUUCACAACGCGCGUGAGGAUUCGCAAAAGUUCGGCGAUCGGGUGGACAGUUCGGUGGAGUCUUCGCGUUACGUCAUGUACGAUAUUGUAGGCGACUUUUCAAGCGAUUUUUUAUUGGUCUGUCGGGAAAAUAAUGGACAAUUUGUGGCAUCAAAAAUCGCAUCGCCGCUGAGAAAAUGAAUCGUGUCUCGGGGAAAAAUAAAAUUUCUUUUCACAUCAGAUGAGGUGAGACAUUUUGCUGCGAGAAAUCCACAUUAUUUUCCCGACAAAACGAUGGUCUUUUUGUAAUUUUCCUCUGAAUCUGUCGGGAAAAUAAUAGUCUUAUCGCAGCAAAAUGUCUCGCCUCGUCACGGCCUCAAAUCACCAGCUAGCCGUCGCAAAGCGAUGAUGGGCAUUUCUAAGCGACAAAUCCACAAUAUUUUCUUGACAGACUGAUAGAACAGAGAUUUUUUCUUUGUAUGACUCUAUCGGAAAAAUAAUAAGCACUUUGAUAACAUUUUUAGAGCACUUUGUCAUUCAUCAUUUGCCUUGUUUACACUCAAUCGUUGAUUACAAUGUAUUACGCGUUGAUCUGCUAUUUCGGAUGCCAUAUUUACCAAACAGUGCGGAACACCUCGGUCCGCACGGUAAAUACGACGCAAACAGCUCAAAGCACAUUGGUCAAAGUCAUGACAUUGCAAGUAGGUAAAGAGUAUUUGCAAAAUAUUACAGUAAAGUUCCUGGACAACAAACCAUUUUUCAGGCCUUAUACCCUCUUCUAUUGUACCUCGUGCCCCUUCUAACCAUCAUCUGUUGCAUUUGGUUCAACGUCGAGCUGGCCGGACUUUCGUUUAUUGUGGUGGCGCCAGUCCACCUAUCGCCAAUGUUGAGUGCCAUAUCCGUGUUGGCGAUGAUGCCGUCGUAUCGGAGGGUUUUGACCAACACAAAGCCGAGUACGGGAUUUAUGGAAAGAGUAACGAAUAA